UGUGGCUCUCUUCGUCUGUUUUAUCUUCCACUGCCUAUCUAGUGUUAUCUACUCAACUACUUCUAUCCUCAACAACGACAACCAAAUUCAAAACUGCCUGUUUAAUUCUCUCCCCCUACCCUUCUGUCUCUCUCUCUCUCAACUCACACACAGAAACACUGUUAAAUUUACUGCUAGCAAAUAUGUCAACAGCUGUGGUUGCAGGCUCUUCCUCUUGCACUGCCACCUUCCCCAGAAACAACUCCAUCACUACUUCUUCAAUACCACCAACAAAGCCUUUCCUACAAUCUAAAUUCCAGAAAACCACCUUCCAAGGCCUCUCAAUUCAAGAAGCCAAAAGGGGUAUCUCGAAUUCCUUCGUAUCUGAGAGUAGAAGCAGUUUCGCUAAUGUAAGAAGAGGGUUUCAUAUCACAGCAAAAACUGCUGGGGCUACAAAGACCUUUGAGGCCGAGGUUGAUAAGCCACUAGGCCUCACUUUGGGUCAAAAGCCUGGUGGUGGUGUUGUCAUUACUGCUGUGGAUGGGGGUGGGAAUGCAGCAAGAGCAGGGCUAAAGUCAGGUGACCAGGUACUCUACACUAGCAGUUUCUUUGGUGAUGAGCUAUGGCCAGCUGAUAAGCUGGGAUUUACAAAAACUGCCAUCCAAGCAAAGCCAGACUCUGUCUACUUCGUUGUCAACAGAGGUGCUGAGGUAGAUGUUAAGCGACUACCAAAGCGACCAGCUCCUCCCCGCUUUGGAAGGAAAUUAACUGAGGCUCAAAAGGUUAGAGCUACUCACAUAUGCCUUGAUUGUGGAUUCAUAUACUUUCUACAGAAACCUUUUGAUGAGCAGCCGGAUUCAUACACAUGCCCUCAAUGUAGAGCACCAAAGAAGAGGUUUGCAGAGUAUGAUGUGAGCACUGGGAAAGUAGUAGGUGGAGGGUUGCCUCCAAUUGGGGUCAUCAUUGGACUGCUGGCUGGUAUUGGAGGAGUUGGAGCGCUGCUUGUUUAUGGUCUUCAAUGAUUCUUUUCUCUAUAUACAUUGCAUUCAGAUAAUGGAUCAUAUAUAGUUCUUCUCCUCAAUUAAAUCAUGACCCUACAUACUUAACAGGCCUAAGGCGAAUUGGAUCUUCACUAUUCAGUAUCGCAAAGUUCCACUCUUGGGAGCUUUUCUUA